CGUUUGUAUUUUUUCACUCAAACCAUCUUAGCGCAGUAGUUGGAAGAACAGAACACAAAUUAAAGGCUCUUUGACAACGCACAAACAAAGACCCCAGCCAAGAAAACGAGCGACUCAGAAUUAUCUUCAGCGCUUCUUUCUACACAGUGUGAUGGUGUCUUCGAUUAUAAAGAGUAGCGUGUGUGUGCAUUGAUUUACUUACUUACAACUGAUAACUCAGUGGAAAUAAGCCGUAGACCGAAUUAAAAACACGGAAAAUGAGAAUACAAAGAUCGUGGUUGAUUUUGCUGGGCACUCUUGCUUUGAUGUGUCAAGCAAGAUCACAGGAAAUCGAGGACCAACAUGGAGAGGAAACCACCGACAACAUCGCACACGCCGAAGCAGAUAAUGCAAAUUCCCUAGACGAGCACAACGUCAAAGUUAGUGAAAAUCGUUUGGCAGCCCAGCUCUAUGCCGUAUUGAAUCACUACAAACAGGAAGAUCCAAUAGGAUUUCCUGGUGCUCCAGUGCCUGAUCCCAUGGAUGUACCCGAUAUGAAGAAAAACCUUGGUAUGGCUACAUUAAGUAUGUACGAUGUCCAAUCCUAUGGCUUAUCAAAAUUUCGCAUUGUCAGCAUAAAGGCCGAUUUGAAUGCUAUGACGGUCAAAUGUGCUGUUGAGCUGGACGAAAUGAUAACAAAAGGCUCGUACACAUUAACAUCUUUCUUCUCCAAGGCGAAUGGUCCUUUUAUUGUUAUUCUAAAAAAAGUUUUGAUUACUGGUGUCGCAACAUUAGCUGUACAAAGAGACGGCCACUUACUUACCGAUCACAUUAAAAUGGAUGUCACAUUCGCCGAUAUGUCUAUGGAUUUCCAGAAUUUGGGCUUUCUUGGAACAGUUUUCCAGGGAAUUGUAAAUUCGGCACCCAAUCUAGUGUUUGAUGCUAUGAAGCCGUUUAUGUUGCAAGAAGCCGAUUCAAAAUUGAGAGAAGAUAUCGAUAAAAACAUUGCCAAAUUAAUGGGUGACAAAUUAUUGCCAAAUUCCAUAAGUCCACUAGACAUGGCUAUUGCUGAAGGACGCAAACAAGUGCGUGAAAUGGGUUAUGAUCCUUUCCGCCUGCCCGACUACAAUCGUACAAUGGGAGUGUUCGGAAUGCAGUUAUCGAACACUUGGAUUCAUGGAUUAUCUACAUUCUAUAGGCACGGUGAUGUCAUUGCCUCCAUGGAAAAUAAUACUAUAUUCUUAGAGGUCACUGUAGGAACUCAACAAAUUGCCGGCGGUGGCCAGUGGGAAGUGAAUGGAGGACUAGUUUCGCGAGUUGGCCACAUUCAAUUCACUUUACAAUACAUUCGAUUGACUGUCGAUGUGAGUCAGCCACUGGAUACAAGAAAACGUCCACAAAUCAAUGACUUACAAAUUGAUAUGGGCAACAUUCAAGUGAGGUGUGACGGUGCUGGCACCUUGGACUAUGUUAUGGAAUUUGUGGUAAAUAUUUUGCCAAACCUCUUGCGUUAUCAAAUCAUGGACGCUUUGGAGAAUCCCAUUAGAAUGCGCAUUCAAGAGAAGUUCAAUACCAUUGACGUUGAACAAACCAUUAAGGAAAACUUUGAGAAAUACCAAAACGGAGAAAAGGUUUCCUUCGAUUUUAAGUUGUAAAUGUGCAGAUUAUACCUUAAAUCGUAAUUAUAAAUGUAGACAAAUUAAUAAAAUAUUUUUUAACGAUUUUGGUUGUAAAAAGUUGAAUGACCAUGUUUAGGACUUAA